UCAGAACAGGCAGUACGAUGCAUUCGCCCAAUACUCCCCUCACCUCCCGGUGUGGCUAUUUGCGCAGUCGCAAGCGCAUCAAUUCGCAUCCACUAACGCAACUGAUGAAGCUGGCGAAGGCGGAAAAAUCCGGCAAGCCCUUCACAGCAGAUACAGAAAACACCAACGUUAAUCCAGAAGAUUCCAACGGCUCCACAGAGUUUGACUCCUCGACGAAUCCGGAAUCCCAUCCAGAUGGCCAGAAUGGUGGCACCGACGUUGACCCGGACAUCGGAAAAAUAUUCGAGAAUCCUUUCUAGUG